AUGCAGCUUUCUCCCGCUCCCGUUUCCGAUCGGUGCACAUACGCGGACACUGGCGUUCUAAAUCAGGGGCUCGUUUUCAGUUCUAUGCUCAUUAUACUCCGUCGUCUUUGUAGCCAAGAGGUCAAAGAACUGGCCACUCUGUCGCUGAAAGAUCCGGUACAAGUGUUCCUGAAUCAGGCCACCGCGGUCGCCACACGUCUACAACAGGAAUUCGUGCGAGUUCGAGCUCAUCGUGAGGAGGACAGACUAGCCAUGCUCGUUGCUCUCUUGGUUCGCACGUUCAAUCGCCGCACAAUUGUGUUUCUCCCGACCAAAAAGGAUUGUCAUCGCGUGCAUGUACUGCUAAGUCUCUUGGGUCUUUCUUGUUCCGAGUUGCAUGGUGAUAUGACACAGGCUCAACGACUAGAUGCGCUUCGGCGCUUUUCUGAGGUCCCGACCGAGCAGACAAAAUCGGAUGCGAAUAGUACCGAACAGACCUGUUCUAACGAGGCACCGCGAGUGGAAAUACUGUUAGCUACCGAUUUGGCCGCCCGUGGUCUGGACAUACCGGAUGUUCAAACAGUUAGUCAACUAUUUUGUUAA